UGAAGAAAAGAAGAAAGAAAAAAUGAAGGGUCCAAAAAGAUUCAAUGAACAAUUUCUUGUAGCAAACGCCACGUGUCAGCUAUCUAUUUACUAGCUUUAUUGUGUGUAAGAAAAGCUUCCACAAAAAAAAUGUCAUAAAAACCAGUAUCACUCACACCACAGCAGCACACUGCUCUUCAGUACAAAGAACAGUUCUUUUUCAUUCAUUCUUCUUUCAUUAAAUCUUCCAAUAUUUAUUACAUAUUAUAUUCUGUUCUUGAUUUACUUCUCUCUCUCUCUCUCUCUUUUUUUUUUCUCUCUCAAGAAAAAGAGGUGGAAAAUGGAUAUAGAUUUCUGGGCUGCAAGAGUUCAUAGCCAAUCAACAACUAUGCUUACCAACUCUGGUAAUCAUAUGCUAAUUGAAGGUGAAGGUGGUGAUGAAGUUGGAGCUUGGUUUCCUUGCCCUUUUUGUUACGUCGAAAUCGAACUUCCGUUGCUUUGUAUCCAUCUUCAACAAGAACACUGCUUCGACUUGAAAAACGCCGUUUGUCCGAUAUGUGCAGCGAACUUAGGGAAAGACGCGCUCGGUCAUUUCAUGGUGCAACAUGCACAUUCGAUUAAGAGGAGGAAAAAAUCUCAGAAGUCUGGAUUUUGGAGUAAUGUGCCGACAAAUUUCGUAAAGGAUUUACGGGAAUUAAGUUCGUUUCUUGGUAAUAACUCAAUCACCGGGCCUGGCAAUUUGAAUGAAUCGGGCCAUGAUCCACUACUUUCUCCGUUUCUCUGCACCGUGCCUGCGACAGCCCCUAAAGACAGUAGGAAAGAAAUUUCCUCGAGUUUUGCUGCAACUCGUGAUGCAGAGAGUAAAACAGAUUGUCCUGACAAAGUCGAAGGAGAAGACUACGAGGAGAGGAAGAAGCAAGCUGCUUUUGUUCAGGAGCUUCUGUUUUCGACUAUCUUUUAGCGCUUUUCGGAGAACCUUAAUUUACACAAAUUAUUACAAGUUAGCCACCAGGUUUUAUCAUUGGUGUAUCUAUAUAUAUAUAGAUAUAUAAACUGUAACAUUUAAAUUGAACACGAUAAAUAUAAUAUGUCAGAUGCUGAGAAAUUCAACAGAUCUUCAUCAGCUGUUUUCCUAA